UCAGAUGACGCCGCUGCAAUGAGGACGAUCCGUUAGCGGCAUUGACUAUGGGACCAGAGGCAUGGGCGUGUGUGCGGACCCUGGGUCUUACCGGUGGUGUCAGGCAUUAAGCCGGUCGCGAUCAUCGUUCGCCACAAACAACUACAACAAAAACAUAAAUACAAAUUGUUGUACAACAAUACAAGAUACGUAUAUCAACAAUCCAACAAUAACUUUACCAAAAAGAACAGCAACAGCAACAGGAACAACAAAAACCAACAGUAAUUUACAAACAAUUUCGAAAUCACUUGUCAACCGCAAAUCAACGAAAUUCCAAACAAUUACUGAAAAUUUGAAUUUUGAAAUCAACCAGAGCAAUAGAGAGCAAUUGGAUUGCAGCAGUGAAAGGAGUAGUAGUGGCAGCAGCAGCAGCAACAACAAAAAUCCAAGUCUGUUGGUUAAAGUCAACCAAUUUAUCAUAUUAUUGCUGGUUUUUCUGGCAAAAACCGCAUAUGCGAAUAUACCAGGUUGAGAUGAUUACCACAAUCUACGUCCCGAACGGAGUCAAUCUUAGGACUAAGGGGUCUCGCUGGAACACCAUGUAUGAAAUUGACUCAUUGUUAAUUUCGUCUGUUUAUCUAGAAAAAGAACGAAAAAGAGAGGUUUGGCUUUAGAAGCAUUGUUGUGCGCACUUUUUCGCCGAGCUAAGGUCCAACAGACAGUCGGAAAAGCUACUAAUGGGGAAACCAUCGCCUAAGUUUAGCUAGCACAGGGCAGUGGUAAAUAAAGCGGUCGUUGCUCUAAAUUUCAUCAUCACGACAGCUGUGAUUGUAGUUAUUCGCCGCUGCUUCUGUGUUUGCCCAUUAGGCAGUAUCCUGCAAUGAACCCUAUUACCAGCCGAAUUGUA